UUCAGAAUCUCUGAUCGUGCACAAGCGGACAUGGCGGACAACAAGGAUCCGUUCAGGCAGCUGAAAGAUCUGUCCUUGCUUAAAGAUCAGCUUGAAGACAUUCAGCGUCGGAUGGAGAAUGAAGUUCAGCUUGGAAUUCCACAGGGUGGGAGUGUACUCAGUUCUCCUUUCCUCAAGGGCUUUUUGGCUGGGUAUGUGGUGGCAAAGCUGCGCUCCUCUGCGGUCCUGGGAGUUCUUGUAGGGACCUGCACAGGCAUCUACGCCGCUCAGAGCUAUCAAGUGCCAAAUAUUGAGCAGACCAUGAAAAACUACUUCAACUCAUUUAAGAAGGGGAGAUAGAGGGAGCCAUAUAACACCGUCUCAGAGAAAUGGUGCCUGAUCCAACUUGAACACGUUUCCCUUGAACUUGGAGUGCUUUUUAAAAAUUGUAUGUUAUUGCCUUCCAAUGAUUUCUUAUGCCACUCAUCAGACCAGAUAUAUAGAAUUGGCAGCUUACAUCCAAAGUUAGAAUGAGUUCGUCAUCUUAGCACCUUAUAGUUUAUUUUCUAUUUGAAACUUGAGUGCACAAACAACAGCUUUUUUUUUUUUUACAGGAGUAGAUACCCAAAGCCCACAUGUUGGUACAAAUGGCCCAAAUUUUUGCUUAUCUUUAUGUGAUCAGUCCUACAUAUCAUGUUUCCAGUGUUUGUGUUUACAGUGUUACAUAUAAUUUUUUUUUUUUUCAUGUGGACAAUUAAGCACAACACACGCUCUGUAAAUAAUAAUCUGGCAUUUAAGAAUUACCUGUUAAAUGUAAGAGGUUGCUGGACUUUGAGUAGCUGAAUCCUCUUAUAUAGUCUCGUAUAUAUUUGUUGGAGUAUUUGACUCAGUUUUGCACUUUAGCUCUACCAGUUUCACUUUAAAUAAACAUGAAUGGAAACCACUCUUGGGAAGUGAAAUUGAAAACUGGAAUGAUUAAUACAAUUUGUUUACUUUUGAAAGAUUCUGUUACAUACUUUGCAUACUAAACUUUUGCAAGCAUUUUUGGGAAUUUUAUGGAAUAAAAACUUGAUACAA